UGCAAGCAAAAAUAAAAAUAUUUUUUUCGUUUUAAAUGGGCAUGCCUAUAUUUUUAAAUUCAUAUAAACAUACUUGCAAAAUUUAAAAGCUUCCAUUUAAAAUGUACUUAUGAAUUGUCUUUAUAUUAAUGUGCGUAAUUGUUACUUUAUUUUUUAUUGAAUAAAUUUUAUCGAAAUGAAUAAGGAAUUAUAACGUUUUUUAACACUCCAUACGAUCAUGACAACAAACCUUUAAAAUUUUGGUCUUAUGACAUUUAUAAAUGACAGGUUAGAAAACGAGGGUAUUUUUCUAUUUACGUUUUAAAUGCACGUGUGUGGUGUGAUAGUGUAACUAAACAAAACUUCUGCUCGUAAAAAAUGAAAAUGAUAUAAUUUUCGUCGUUGAUCGAUGAACAAAAUAGGAACAUAACUAUUUCGUUAUGAUAAUUUUAAAGUGCUGAUAUUAUAGUAAAAAUAGUAAUCAAGAUGUUGAACAAGAGCUUCUCAAGACUGCUUUGUUAUCGAAAUAUUGUUAGUCCAAGAUGGAUUUUUACUUCAUGCAAACUUUCUGUGCACGAUGAAAUAGAAGUUCAAAAACCCGUCAAAAAGCAAGAACCAAAAAAAUACAAAUUAUCCAUUAAUCCAGAAGUUCGUAAUUAUUUAGUUGAAAAGAAUUUUGGGAAGGACAUAUUAAACUUAUUACCCAAGAAAUUAAUUAAAAAAGGUUUCACUCAACAUUCUAGCUUGUGUCUCAUUGAUGAAAAUGCUGCUGAACGAAUAGUUUCUUUAAUCUAUGAUGAUUUAAGAGAAAACACAUCAUUUGUUGUUGAAUGCUCUCCAGGUUUGGGUAUACUAACUAAUAAACUUUUGCAGUAUGGCAUUCCCAAAAUUCAUCUUUUUGAAAAAAAUGAAAACUUCUAUCUGUCUGAAAGUCCAUUGAUGACAUUAACACAAAAAUACAAAGAACAAAUUGAUUUGAGAAAAUUAGAUUUUUUUUCUGUCUGGGUUCUUUUAUAUAGAGAUCUGAUGUAUAAAGAAGGCUCUUCAGAAGAAUACUUCAGAGAUGCUCCAACCUUUGAAUGGAAAGAUAAAACAGCUAAUCAGAUAAUUGCCUGUAUUCCAAAUAAAUACUUUUUGUCAGCACUAUUAUUUAAUUUUAUACAUCAGACUAGAUUGUUUGAAUAUGGGCGACCAUCAUUCUACUUGGCAGUACCAUCUUUUAUUUGGGAAAGAAUCACUGCAGACAAUAGUGAUGUUAAAAAAAUUAGAUUUUACACUCAGCAAAAUGUAGUUUUACACUUAGCUUUUGAUACAACGUAUUUUGGAGAACUUCCACGAAAAUCUUUUUUGCCUUGGCCAAAAGAAAAACCAACAAAAAAGAAAAAUCUAAUUAAUGAGCUAAAUUGUCCAAUGGUAUUAGUAAAACUUGAAGUUAAAAAGAAUGUGUAUGAUAUUCUAGGCAAAGAAGACUGGAAAGGAUUCUGGUUUUUCUUAAAACAUUGUAUGAGAUCCAAAAAAAGUAGAGUAGUCAUGGAAGUUGAAAAACUAAUAAGUGGUUGUGGGGAAAGACUGGUUGAAAAAGAUUACGAUAUUUGUACUACAUUCAAAGAACUACCUCCCCAAAAGUUAUUGGAAUUAUUUCAAACGUUCAAAUCAUGGCCUGAGUAUGAUGAAAAUUUGUUUAUUCCAUCUUUAAUACAUAAUGAUGAUGCCAAGAAAAAUGAAGAGGAUAAAUUUGAAGGUGAAGAAGAAAAAGAAAAUGAAAGCAGUAUCCAAUGGGAAUCAAAGUGAUUUUUGAGAAAGAUAUUAGAGAAUAAACAUUAUUUUUUUAUUGUAUGAAUGACAAAUCAAACUAAAAAAUUAG